AUGCACUCCCUCACUAUCCUCUCCGCCCUCGCCGGCGCGUCUCUCGCCCUCGCCCAGCCCCUCGAGGCUCCCGCAGCCCAGAUCACCGCCGCCCCCGAUGCGAGAUUGGUCAAGCCCGCCCUGGCGCUGGCCCGCCGUCAGGGAGAGAGCAAGGAGUGCUCGUCCAAGGCCGAUGAAAUCUGGUCGGACCAGCCCGAACUCGCCAUCAGCGACAGCUUGGCGCUGUGGAUGAUGAGCCAGGCCGAACAGCUCCAGACCCUCUCCAUCGACGACCCGAAAUACAUCAGCGGAGUCUGUUCCGCCGCCUUCCAAACCUCGGUCGAUGCCCCCGCCCCCAUCGCGUCAGCCUACUCGUCCUUCGUGAGCGAGUCUGUCUCUUGGGCCAACAAGGUGAAGCCCACCGUCACGAGCCUGGCCCAGAGCUGUGGCGGCGCGUUGAGCGCUGGCCUCGAGCUUGUGCUCGCCACCGACUUCGACACCUGCACGUCACUCUAUGACGCGUACAUGGAUGCCGCCAUGGCUUACGCUAGCACCGUCGGCAACACCAGCGUCUCGCCCACCGAGAGCAACACUUCCUCCGGGCCUGCCGAGACUGGCGCGCCCACCAACGACAGCGAUGGCGCUGAUAACUCCGACGACUCGACCGACGGGGAGACGACCAGCACCUCGACCGGUGCCGCCCCACGGGAGACUGGGUUUGCCGUCGCGGCUGCGGCCGUGGUGGCUGUUGCUGGUGCCAUGGUGGCGCUUUAA